UGUGUGUAUAUUAAUUUUGUCAUACACAACAAUUUAUUUCUUCAAAAAUGUCGAGUAUAUACAAAUUUUGUUUUAUUAUUCUCGCUCUAAGCCUUUUCACCAUCUGUGCCACGUUUGAUAAAGCUAAGACAAUGUGUAGAGACUGCACGGAGGAUAAUAAGGAGCAUUGCCUUAUUGAAGGUGAAUCAGGAUUUCAUAGGGCACUAUCAUAUCGAAAAUUGCCGACUAAGUUUUUGAGAGACUCCAAUCCAUCCAAUCCGCUGACAGAUGACUUAAACGUAUGCAUACCAUCCGGCAUGACCAUUGAGGCUGAAGAUGGAGAUUUUCAUUUUAUCUGCGUUUGGUCACCAGAACUUGGUUGUCAAAUUAUAGUUCCUAAGUACGACGCGGAAACGAGUUGUGAGAUUUGCCGAUCUCCUUCUGCUCUUGGAAAGAACGUGGGUUGCCCGUGCAAGAUUCCCUUAAAGAGGGAUCUUGGAAAUUCGGGACCAAGCGAACUCUACGCCAGCUCUCUUCUUAUUACGGUUGGAUAUUUUUUGUGCAGCAUAUAG